CCGCCGCCAUGUUGCUGCGCGGCAGCUGGCGUCGCCUGGCUCUACCUUCGGCGCCGCUCUCCUGGUACCGCCGGGCGGGCAGCGAGGUCGGAGCGGCAGCGGUACCGCGCUACGAGGUGGUGGUGAUCGGCGGGGGCCAUGCGGGGACGGAGGCGGCGGCGGCUGCUGCUCGCGGCGGGGCCCGCACGUUGCUGCUCACGCACAAGAUCGGCACCAUCGGGGAGAUGUCCUGCAACCCCUCCUUCGGUGGCAUCGGGAAGGGGCAUCUCAUGAGGGAGGUGGACGCCCUGGAUGGGCUGUGCGGCCGGGUCUGCGACCGCUCCGGGGUACACUACAAAGUGCUGAACCGCUGCAAGGGCCCAGCUGUGUGGGGCCUCCGCGCCCAGAUCGACCGCGGCCUCUAUAAGGAGCACAUGCAGAAAGAAAUCCUUAACACACCACUGUUGACAGUUCGUGAGGCGUCUGUGGAGGAUCUUCUCUUGACAGAGCCAGAACCAGACCAUCCUGGAAAGUGCCAAGUCACUGGAGUCGUUCUGGGGGAUGGGAGCACAGUACAUGCUGGGAGUGUUAUCCUGACCACCGGUACCUUCCUGAGGGGUAUGAUCCUCAUUGGACUCGACAUGUACCCAGCUGGGCGUCUGGGGGACCAACCAGCCAUUGGGCUGGCUCAGACUCUGGAGAAACUGGGAUUUGCUGUGGGCAGGCUGAAGACUGGAACACCACCCCGACUUGCCAAAGAUACCAUUGAUUUCAGCGGUCUGCAGGAACGUGCAGCUGACAAUCCUCCGGUGCCGUUCAGCUUCCUUAGUGAGGAUGUGUGGAUCAAGCCAGAAGAUCAGCUGUUGUGUUACCUGACUCGCACUACCCUGAAAGCCCAGGAAAUUAUCUGUGAUAAUCUCCACCUGAACAACCAUAUAAGGGAGACAACAAGGGGUCCACGGUACUGUCCAUCUCUGGAAUCAAAGGUUCUGCGCUUCCCAAACCGGGAACAUCAGGUGUGGCUGGAGCCUGAAGGCUUGGAGUCCAAUGUUAUUUACCCCCAAGGUGUGUCGAUGACACUGCCCCCUGAGCUUCAGGAGCAGGUGAUCAGGUCCAUCCCAGGCUUGGAAAAAGCCAAGAUCUUACAGCCAGGCUAUGGAGUGCAAUAUGACUUUUUAGAUCCCCGCCAACUGACUGCUUCUCUGGAGUCUCGCCUUGUUCAGCGCCUCUUCUUUGCAGGCCAGAUAAAUGGCACUACAGGCUAUGAAGAAGCUGCAGCUCAAGGUGUGAUUGCUGGGAUCAAUGCUUGCCUACGGGUUCAUGGCAAGCCCCCUUUCAUUGUCAGCCGCACUGAAGGCUACAUUGGUGUCCUGAUCGAUGACCUUACCACUCUGGGCACCAGUGAGCCAUACCGGAUGUUCACCAGCCGUGUGGAGUUCCGCAUGUCCCUCCGGCCUGAUAAUGCUGAUGCAAGGCUCACCCACAGAGGUUUUGAAGAAGCUGGGUGUGUGUCACAGCAGCGAUAUGAACAAGCAGUUAAGAUGAGAGCUGCUUUAGAGGAUGGAAUUGCAACGUUAAAAUCCCUUCAGUUCAGCAUAUCCAAAUGGUCCCAGUUAGUACCAGAAGUUCCUAUCAGUAGCGGUCGAAGGUUGCCUCUCAGUGCCUUUGAUGUCCUUCGAUAUCCAGAGGCCAACAUGGAGCUUCUGGCAAGGGCUGUCCCAGAGCCCCUGGGAAAGCUUGCUCAAUGGAGACAGCUGGCAGAGAGAUUGAAAAUAGAAGCUGCUUACGAGUGGUGUGUGGAGAACCAACAGCAGGAAAUAGAAGAAGUGCGUCGUGAUGAAGCCCUCCGACUGCCUGAGGACCUAGAUUACUUUGCCAUUGAUGCAUCCCUUUCAUUGGAGGUGCGGGAAAAACUGGACUCUAACCGUCCCCAGACGAUUGGUGCACUCAGCCGCAUCCCUGGAAUUACACCAGCUGCUAUUGUUAACCUGCUAAGAUUUGUGAAAACCAAUCACCAGAAGGCAGAGAGGCUAACAGCUUUACCUCAGACUGACAAAUACUUCCCAGAGAAAAUGUACUCAGAGAAAGCAGCUUCACAAAGACGGAUUUCAGCAAAGUCUUCUGAAAAGAAGAAGAGCACGUUUGUUAAAACACCUUUGCAGAGAAGCCUAACCCCUCCUGCCAGAGUACAUGGUGAGAUCACCUGUGCUCACAAGCCUCUUCAUGGAUAAAACCUGUGCUGGCUGGAUCCAAACCAGUUCCAGUUGUGUCCUGUGGUAGUGUCACUGAGUACAGCAAAGAUGACGAAAGCGCAGACCUUAAGUAAAUGUUCAGGAACCUAAAUGCAGCCUGAGUUUGCCAAUCCAAAUGAAAAGACAGGGGAAUUGCUUUUAAAAUUCCUCUAAUUUGGAAGAUGUCAGAUAGUAAAAA